CAACAGUGCGCCGACAGCCAGCAACAGACUUGACUCUCUCGUUUGUAGAUUAAUAACAAUAAAAAAGAUCCCGCUUAAAAUGUGCUGGAUGAUGUUGGGAAUUCGGCGCUUCAUGCUCGUCUCACUCUCGGUCGUCAUGAUCCAGUCGGGAAUCACCACGGGCCAGCAGCAGCAGUCGAAUAACGCCGGGUUCGUUCACCCGAUUGCCACAGAGACUUUCCCGGUGAACCGUCCGACAGCAGAAGCGGCACCACAACAGCCAGCGGAAGAGAUUCCGACAUCCACCGAACCUGCCCAGAGCUCGGCAGCACCAGUGAAGCAGCAGAAGCCCAUGUUUCAAGUCCCGGUGACUUUGCCUUUCGUUAUGCAACGCCCGCAAACGCCAAACGGCAAACCCACGUCUUACCUGAGGCCCGUCGGCGUCAUGGUCGACCCCAUUAGCCAAGACGAGCCGGUCCAGCCGGUCCAGCCUGUCCGCCAGACUAAGCCUUGGUACGCUAACCUUCCGCAGGAAGAAGAUCUUUCAUCGGCACCGGGUGUGGCCGUCACACUUCCGUUCCGGACUAAACCGGCGUCUUAUUUGAGGCCGGUUUUUGUGGUAGACGAAAGCAACGAUGACCAACCGGCCGUAGAAGACGUCCAACCUGCUAUCCAGACUAGACCUUACUAUUUCCCGACGAAGAAUGUUGCGGUCACUUUGCCUUUCAAUUUACGUCCGACGUCGAGCGGCAAUGGCCCGUCUGAGCAAAAGAUUCCCGUCAGGUCGAAGCCAUUGUCUUAUCUCCGUCCAGUCAUAGUAGCAGCAGAUGCCGAUGGAGCGGCUGGAACACCGGAAGGAGACGACGACUACUACUACGCACCAGCCCAACAAGAUUUCACAUCGCCAAUUAGCGGAGCGGUUCAACCAUCACCACCGCAGAGCCAAGCGGUGAUGGCCAUUCCGUUGGUCCAGCCACCGGUAAAAGCAACUAAACCGGCCAGUUAUCUGAGACCUUGGUUUGUCGAUGAUUCGUACGCCACCCCUGUCCGCGCCACCAAGCCUUGGAGGCCACAGGAAAUCGCCGCUCAGGUGGACGACGAUUCAGCCGGCUAUUACCAACGUCCAGUCUCCUGGCUGGCCUACCGCGCAUCGCCCGCCGUGAUGGGACCUCAUAGCGUCCGCCCUUUGAUCCAACGUCGACCCAUCGCCCAGCCACCGUCUGGCGUUUGGCUUCAGUCCCGGCCGCUAAUUGCCAAUUUCUUGUUAGCCGUUGAUGCUGAGGAUCCGAGACUGUUAGAGCCAUUCAAAGUUGAUCAGCUACUACCAGUUCAAUCGGCUGAGAAUGGAGGAGCUGAGCAGCAGGAGCAGCAGCAGCAGGUGCUGGUUAAGCCACUAGUGAUUGCCCUGGCGGUCGACAACCGUCACCCGAUCAAACAAAAGAGACCCGGGCCGAUGUUGUUGUUACCCACGGUGCCUGACGUCGAGUCGUCGAUUGCGGGGGCUGGUCAAGCCGAAGCCCGGGUCCCGUUUCGGGGCAACUGGGCAAACAACAACAACAACCUACUAGAGAAAACCCACGUCGUUGGCAGCAGCACGUUGGUCUACACCAAACAGAAUUUGUUGCAAACUGGAACGUCGACCGUGUACACGUCGACCGUCUUCACGGCCACGACGACCGUCCAAAACGCCUACUGCUACACAUCGAACAAUCCGGGCGGCGGGCUUUUCACUCCCGCUCCGUGGUGCUCCUUCCGCCGGAAGAGAUCCGCACUUCACCAAGAAGAAGAAGAAGAGCCAGCUAUCCUGUCGAUCGAUGGCGAACUAUUCCAACCGUCCCAAGUCCAAAAGAUUUUGAUGACAGCCGUGCCAUCCGCCCUGGAUAGAAAUGAAGCAAUCGACAGCUCCUUGUUAAUGGCGGAAGAUGUUCCAGCAAAUGGAGGCAAAAAACCAAAGAUCAGAGGGCGUUUCCUCAAUUUGGCGACCAAUUUCAUCGCCGGAAGGCCGACCACCACCGUGACGGUAACGGCGCUAACGUUCGUGACAGAAAUCGCCAUCACCGGGACGACGCCAAUUAUCUUCGCGGGCGGGCAGUGUGUCCCCCGUUGCCUGCAGAACCUGCCCGUCUGCGCCCAAUGAAAUAAUUUCCUCAAACGCGCAGAAAUCAAAUUUGAAUAACGCGCCAAAAUCGUUCCAGCCCACAAACUAUUAUUCAAUUCAAUUUCUUUG